AUGGCUUGUAUUGAAAAUGUCCUUGGAGGGCACGCCCCUUCACCCACAGCAGUAGCUGCCGAUGAGCACGGGAACCCGGAGCUGCGCCCCGGCGUGCCCCUCCAGUGUCCGAGUUCCAUGCAGAAGGAUGAUGCGGAGUCCUGGGGCCUCCCUCGCGUCCCCCUGAGACCUCCCUUCAAUGUACUGACGGAUCUGGCAAGAGAGCAACUGGAACGUCCCUCAGAGAGAACAGGAUCCUGCAUUCCUGUCGACGGUUCGAGAGCUCUCAACCCCCCCUAUGAGCCACCACCUGCUGUUGCGGAAGAGUCCCUAGCAACAGCAGAAGUAAAUAGCUCUGAGGGGCUGGCAGGCCGGAGGCAGAGGGGACAGGAUGCUAUUAAUGUGUCCCGGGAAUUCUCUGGCGGCCCUCCCGCACUGAUGGUGGGGGGGACGAGGGUCAGCAAUGGGGGCACUGAGAGAGGUGGCAGUAAUGCAAGGUUAUAUGUGGCUUUGCCAAGGGGUCAAGGAUUCUUUCCAUCCAGGGGCUCUCAAGUAAGAGGCCCGCCACCUAUCCCCACCCUUAGAUCAGGGAUAAUGAUGGAGGUGCCUCCAGGAAGUACGAGAGUGACCUGCAAGGAAAGGUUGGCUCAUGUUUCUUUCCCACUGGGAGGCCCGCGGCACCCUGUGGAGAACUGGCCAAGGCCUAUGCCCUUGUCGUCCAGCACUCCAGGUUUACCUUCUUGCGCUACUGUUCAUUGCUUCAUUCCUCCUCGACCUCCAAGUUUCAAUCCAUUUCUCGCUAUGCCUAUGGCUUUUGCUCCUCCCCCGAUAUUUGGUCCUCCACUGCCUUCCUACUUUGCCAAUUUCCCUUCCUGGGGGAUGCCGGCUCCUGCAUCCUCAAACAGAGAGAACAACUGA